CUGUGUCUGUGCUUACGGAAAAUCAACAAUUUAUCAAAACUUUGUUGAUUUUGUGUUAAAAAGAAAACAAUAAAUCCCAAUUAGUUUCUCAAUUACAAUAACAAUCUUAGAAUAAAUAUUAUAGUUUCUAAUUCACUGACAACAAUAUAAUAAUUAAUAAAUUAUAUGAAAUAGUAAAAGUGUUGCGUUGCAAUGGCCUCUACCUCCGACACUGAACUGAAUAUAAAUACAGCCGUCCAUGAUACGAACACAAAGAACCUAGAUGCUUGUUGUCGCACUUGUUUGAGAGAUGUGCAAGGCGACGACAACAUGUAUGAUGUAUUUCAAGACGGAUCACAUCAAUUUGAUAUACCUAGAAUAAUAUAUUUGUGUACCACAAUAGAGAUCAGUAAAGCAGACCCCCUGCCAAAGAAAAUAUGCUACAGUUGCUACAGCUUCCUAUUAAAUUAUCAUGAGUUUAGAGACACAGCUAUAUUUGCUGAACAGCAACUGCAAGAACAUAUAGUAAAGACUGUCCUCAUUAAGUCAGAAGACAACCAUCUUGGAAUAGAAGUUGAAGGGGAAAAUAAUCAACAACAAAGUGAAAAUGCAAAUGCAACUUUAGAUGGUGAUUCCGAAAUGACUGUAAAAGAGGAAGCAAACCCAUACUCAAAUAUGUCAGCACUAAGUUCAGAUUUACCAGAUAUAAUAGAUGUUCCCGAACUCGAAGAACAACCAACAAACUUCAUGGUAACAUGUGAUGUUUGCGGCAAAGACUUUAUAUCAGUUGAGAAACUACAAAAACAUAAAAAGCGUCAUGAAAAAACAUACACUUGUAUCAUUUGUUCUGAAACGUUUAAUUACAAUUUUAAGUAUAUGGAACACAUGCUCACACAUAGGCCCACUGUAGAUAAGCCACCAGAUGCUGAAACAAGUACUGAAAUGAACGCUGAAAUGAAUGACUCUGACGUAAAUACUGAGAUAAAUCACAACACUGAACAGCCACAAACACUCCAAUGUGAAAUCUGUUCUGAAACAUUCAGAUCCGUAAACUCUUUAUCGGCACAUAAAAGAAAACACACACCAAAAGACAGAGUGCUCUGUUGCACAAUAUGCGGUAUUGUUUUCAAAAAGCUGUCCCAUUUAAAACGACAUGAACUGAGUCACGGUAUCAACAAGCCGUACAAAUGUACUACAUGUCAAAAGGCUUAUGCAACGGAAUCUGCGUACUCAGAUCAUAUGAAUAAGCAUAAGGGAAUAAUGCCGCACUGCUGUCCAGUUUGUAUGAAGUCCUUCACUCAUCUCUCAAGUUUGAAAACUCAUGUACGGGUACAUACUAAGAGGAGACCCUAUUUAUGUCCGACUUGCGGAAAGACAUUUGAUUCGAGUACUAAUUUGAAUCAGCACUUGAACAGACAUAAGGGUUUGAAAUCAUUUGCUUGUAAUUUGUGUCCCAGGAAGUUUGUUAGUAAAGGGGAGUUAAAGUCCCAUGUGGUAACCCACACCGGUGUGAAGUCGUAUACGUGUGAUGAAUGCAAUGCAUCGUUCACCAAGAACAGCUCUCUGACCACACACAAGCUCCGACACUUGGGUGUCAGGCGCUACCAGUGUGAUGCUUGUCCUAUGAAAUUUACAUGCAAAGAUCAUUUGAAGAGACACAAUAGAAUACACACAGGAGAGAGGCCCUACAAAUGUGAGAUAUGCGAUCGUGCGUUUACCCAGAGCAAUGACUUGGUCAAACACAAGCGUUCACACCUCGGCGUUAACUUGUACAAAUGCGUACAAUGCACACAAAGCUUCAGACUGCUGACAGAACUUCGGCAACACAUGUCGGAGCACUUCUUAUCUGCCCGCCUUGAAGCAUUAAAGUUUACUAACACAGAUAAUAAUAGUCAGUCAGCUAGCAAUAGUCAGCGUGUUGCCAAUAGUCAGCCUGCCGGCAUAAGUCAGCUACCUGGCCCAAGUCAGCCAGUCGUCAUAACUCAGCCAGCUGACAUAAAUCAGCCAGCUGGCAUAACUCAACCGGUUGAAAUGAGUCAACCAGUUGACAAUAACGAUUCCAUAACCGUACUACCUCAAAAUGACGGUAACAAGAGUGAACUAUGAAUAGGAAAACAGCUCUUUUUUAAUGUCCAUCUAUGGUCAGUUUUAAUAGCCUUUGUGUAUAGAUUUGCGCCUAAUGUUAAAGUUUAAUGUAGCUAGCAAUUGUUUUGAUAUUCCAUUAAAAAAUGUGUCAAAAUUCUAUCUGUAUUGUCUAGUUACUAAAUCUACAGAUGUAUGUGUUAUUGAAACUGGCGACUUGUGAAAUAAUUGAAAACAUUGGACACGUAUUUUUGAAACUUGUAAUUAGCUUUUUUUUAAAAGCGCCUAUACCUAGACAUGCGUUUUUUGUCACUAGUUAAUAUACCGUGUAUUUAUCGGAUUUAGUACAAACAUUCAUUGUUUACUAUAGACUACCGUGAAUCCGGUAGAAAAAACGGUCCGUUGUCCGGUGGAAAACGGACGUAUUAGCUCUUAAAAUAAUAAAGUCGCAAAGUGCCACUGGAUGCAGGGAGCUUACUCUUGAAUCCAUUCCGAUCCGUCGAUAUUUAUAUUGUAAAAUUUUGUAGUCUUGAGUUGCAACACUAGCACCCAUUGCAUUCGUACUGCGUGGAUUUUGGAUGAACUAAAUAGUAGAGUUUGGUUUUAUAUUCCGUACUCUGAAUGGUAUUUUAACAGGUACGAUUGGGGUUAUAUAGUUUUGACAUUGAAUAAUUGUUGAGAUUUUAUUGGAUUGACAUUGAGAUUGGUUUUAAGAGUAUAGCGCCCAGUACGCUUAUUACGAGUUUGCUUUAGGUAGUAACCGAAACGAGAGCACGUUCGGCGCUCUGAUUGGCUGGCUCGAAUUACCCAACCCAGUCACUAAAGGAGGCCUAUUGCUCAAUAAUGCACGUCUUAUGGCUGAAAUGUGGAUGAACGAAUUAGUUCUUUUUAUUUGGUAAAAAAUACGUGUCUAAUACUUUUUCAUUAUGAAACCGAUGGACAAAAUCGAUGUUUGCUUUUGAUGCCCCAUUAUUACAAGACUUUGAAGUGAGCCUACAAAAGGAAAGAUGACAUUUUUUUGUAAAUUUUAUUUAGUAGGUUAAGUAAUAAAAUUAAAAAAAAGAACAAAAAAAAAAUUGGCUGAUUUGAUUGUAGUUUUUAUUGUUAUAUUUUUUGGCAAUCGAUUUGUGGUAGAUUUUUAUCGGGUGGGGGAUUUACAAUUAAAAAAAUGAUUAUAAAUAAAAUUUAAACGUAUUAUGUAUUUAGUAUGGUGGUAUGGUAUGUAUGAAAACAAUGGAGAAUUGUCAUAGUAAAAUUAUUAUAUUAUGGUUUAAGAAAUAACGCCAAUAAAGAUCAAUAUUGCUUGCACAUCAAAGUAUCCUGAUCUCAUAUUGUCUUCAAUACAUUUUUAAUUUUAGUUACUCAAUCAAUCAAUUUGUGAAAUAAUUAUGAAUAUUUUAUAAGUGACUUCAACCUAAUAAAAUCUUUGAAUUAUUGUUUCUACGACAAUCUAGAAAUUUAUGGAUCUAUGUAAGUUAUCCGUCUGCACGUUUACCGACCUAUCGCAUAAAAUGUUCCUGAUGUGCAAGCAUAAUUAUGUAUGUUUAGUACGAUAAGUUGAAUAGAAUAUUUUUCUUUUUACAACACUAAUUUUCGAUGUUAUGUAGGACUGACUAUUUUAAUUGGCUUUAUCUAAUUAGAAAUUAAUUAGUAAUAUCGAAAUUUAUAAAACGUCUUGAUUUUUUAAAAUAAUUAUUGACGGAUUUAAAAAUAAUCGUUUAUUCUUGUCAUCUUUCCUAUGGGCUCACAUUUGACUGAUAUUUAUUUUUGUAUGAUUAGAUUGAUGAGUAAGAAUUAAGUAGGUAUUCAACCAUAUAAUGUAAGUUUAGAUAGAUCAGAGCCGAUAAUAUUACAAAACAAAGAAACAGUUAUAAGAUAGGUUAACCCAUCCAAUUCCUGAUCUCAGAUCACCCGUAAAUCUAUGUCAUAUAUUAUUUCCUUUUCAAUAAAAAGGCACACAAUGCAGUAACUGUUCUGGUAUUGCUUGUGUCUAAGGGCUUGCUUACCAUCAGUACCCUUAGUACGAGUUUGCUUUACGUCGAACGAAAAUGAAUCGAGAGCGCAUUCAGCGCUUUGAUUGGCCGGCGUAAAUGAACCAACCAAUCAGAGCACCGAACACGUUCUCGAUUCGUUUCGUACAGGUGACCUGCAAGUUUGCCUCCAUAUACUAAUAAAAAAAAUAGGUUCAGUCUAUUCUCAAGCACUGAUCUAUUAUAAAUUAUCGCAUCUAAUAGGAUGUACUCUAUCUAUUCGAAUGUCUAAAAAUAAUAUAAUAAUCUCAUUAAUCGAUUUAAUUCUAAACUGAGUAUUCGUAUUUUUAUAUUUAAUCAAUAAGAAAUUAUUAGUAUAGUUGAUCCGAAUAAUGUGUAAUAUCACAGUUUGGUCGAAAUACGAGAGUGGGAAUUUUAGUUCCUGAUAUUUUGAAAAACAUUUGCAAACCCAGGCUGUAUGGGAGAAAUCAGAAAACUGCACCAAUGUCAGUACAAUAUUAUUAUCUACUUAUACUAAUAUUAUAAAGCUGAAGAGUUUGUUUGUUUGUUUGAACGCGCUAAUCUCAGGAACUACUGGUCCGAUUUGAAUAAUUCUUUUUGUGUUGGCUAGCGAAUUUAUCGAGGAAGGUUAUAGGCUAUAAAUCAUCACGCUACGAUCAAUAGGAUCUGCUCGGCAGAGCGGGUGAAACCGCGUGAAAGUAGCUAGUGUAAUAUAUAUGGUUAUGCAUUUAAGAUUACAACUUAUCCGGAGCUGCGUACAAGAUAACGGGUUAGUAAGAGUCUUACACUCCCUCUUGCCUCACCCAAGGCGGUGGGUGGACGGGACUUACUCCCAACAAAAAAAGGUUAAAACUUACAAAAAUUAUCAAAGUUUAAAAUUCAUAAAUAACAAUGAUUUGAAUUAUAUUCGCUAUCUGAAUGUAGUGCAAAUAUUAAACUUAGUGGGUAUAACUCGGAGAGAUAGCAAUAUGCUAAAACAGAAAUAUAUUCAAUAACGAGUCUUAUGUUAUCGUUACCUGCCCAAUUACCCCCAUUCCUUAUCUUCCCAAGCCCCGAUUUCCCCUUACAUUCCAUAAAUUCCUAAUCCCCAAAAGGCCAGCAACGCACUUGUAACGCCUCUAGUGCUACGGGUUUCCAUGGGCGGCGCUGAUUGCUUAACAUUAGGUGAUCGUCUGCUCGUUUACCGGCUUAUACCAUAAAAAAGCUUAUAAUUAGAAAUUUAAUUAAACUGCUCCAUUUAAUAAUUGUGAAUGCAUAGAAAAUAGUAAAAACAAUGCUUUUGCCACCGUAAUAUCUGUUCCUAAAUAUCGUAGCUCAUAAGACUAGAUCAGAUGGCCUAAAACUAUAUAAUAUUCAGAAUCGAACUAGGCUAGAGGGGGUCCAGUUGGCAUAUAGUUUGGGGGCCCACACAUACCGUGGAGCGAAUAAAUCUUCAUUUGGUUUUAAUUUCGUACUGCUUUACAUAAAUAUAUUUUUGAAUAUAGCUAACAAGGUCAUUUCUUUUUUCAUUACCACUUAAUUGUAGCUCCUAAGUCAGGUCUAUUGGGGUCUUCACAGGUUACUGGGCAUGGCUAUCUUCAACUAUACCGCAAUAUGGCCACUUCGAUACUGAAAAAAAAUAUCAGACGCAUAAAUGACGACGCUAAAACCAGAGUGAUGUAAGUUACAUUUUUACCAAAAAAUGAAUAUACAGCUCAUACGUUUCCAACAAUAACACUUAACGCAUUUCCUCAAUUUUCUCAGAAACAUAUUUUUGUGCCCUAGAUCACUCUGGUUUUAGCAUCGUCAAAUAUAGUUAGGCAAUAUUUUUAUAUUGGACUGUUACUCCCAAAGAUCAGCUCAUAUUAGCUACAUAGAAGCUUUAUUAUUUUUAUACAUAAUGAUAAUAAUGACGAUAUAUUAUAUAUGUAAGUGUAUGGAUUGAAUAUCACAAGAUUUAUAACGAAAUAUAUUUAAGACAUUAGUUUUAGUUAUAAGUACAAUAGGGUAUUACCUCAAUAAUUUUCCUUUUUAAUUACUAAAUAUAGUUACAGGAGUAUCUAAUUAAGGACACUCAUUUAACUGACUUGAUUUUAACGUUGAUUUUAAUAUUUUUUACUUUGAGAUAAAUAAGUAUGACUGAUGCAUUCACAUCACAACGCAGAAUCUUCUACAAAAUCUAUCGUUUUUAUGUUUUUAAAAUAUGUAGUAUUCAAUUUGACUACCUGGAAAUUACCCUAUUAAAACUAUGUAUUAUGAUAAGUUCUUGAAUACAUUAUUUUAGCACCCAA